CCAACCGAGAUGUCAGCACCAGUUCUCAGUGUGCGGUCAAGAGUACGGGCAGCCACUCCGAGCCCAAGGGAACCUGUGUGGAGCGGUCAAGGCGAGCAAGACCUGCAUUCUGACCAGUACUGAGUACCCAGAAAUCGGCAUAACAGGUUAUUGCACCCAAGACGAGUAUAACGAAAUCGAAGUAGUAGCCUGCUCUAAUAUCAGCCAACCACCUGGAGGUGACGGUAACGGUGACGGUGGCGGUAACGGUGACGGUGGUGAUGGGUCUGGACAAGAUAGAGUCGAGACAGAAGAACAAAGACGGCAGAGAGCUAUUAACAAAACGAGGGACGCCUUCGAGGAGUUGGGAUUGGGGUGUCGUAACCACGCCCUGCCUUGCUUCGGCCUCCUGCUGAACCAGGCACUGAGGGAUGACCAUCUGACCUGUCAGAGCAUCGACGACAAGAAGGCGUGUCUGCUCGGCCAGCGAGUCGGCGGCAACAGCACAGGCACUCCCCAAGCCGCCGCAUGUACGGAAGCUGAUUUCCGAAAACUCCGGGAACCUGCCUGCGGUCAAGGUCACGCGCUCACCUUGACCCUGACCCUUCACCUUGUGGCCUUGUGCUCAGCUGUCUUCUUUGGAAGAUUCCAGUAAUGGUAUCGCCUAUGACAGAAAAGAACAGACAUUUUUAUUAGCUUUUCAGUAGUAUGUUAGCUUCUUUAUAUUGUGAUUUUUUGCUUUUAUUUGUUUGUUCUUUGUUGGUUUGUUCUUUUUUUAGGGUGGGGGGGGGAGAGGGGGUAUAGUUCCCACCCCUUUUUUUUCUUUAACGCAGAUAUACACGGAUACAAUGGUUACGUCAAUGGUCGAUGAUUGCCUCCAGAAUUUACUUUCUUGUUUCACCUCAGCACUUACUACUAUAUUUUAAAUAACGUAAAAAUUACGUUUUGGUUAAGCAUUCAGGCUCCCUCGUACUAUCUAUCGUACUUUACGUUUUCCUUUUAACUAUCAGUAACAGGUAGCACAAUAUACUUUAACUUUCACCUCACUGAAAUGUAUAAAGUUUCCUGUAAGGCUCUAACUCUAAGACAUCUUUUCAAUCCACAAUCAUGAAGGACUAGUUCCUUUGUGCGUGGCUUAUCAUUUCCCUCGUGCUCUUUUUCAGGGAACGCGCCACUGUUUGCUAAAGUGAGGCGUAAAAAGUUAGCAUUUCCUUUUUACCUACAGUUUCUACAUUCCCGAAGAUCCAAAUUCGAGGCGUUAAAACGUUGGCACAACAUUUUUAACUACAAUUCUAAACUCCCAAAGAUCCAAAUUCAGAAUUGAAAAAAAACACUAAGACGUAAUCGUCGCUAAAGAGGCUUAUAAUGGACAUUCCCUUCUGAUGAAGUUACCUAAAUCUUAGUGUUUCGUUGACAGACUCCUCGCUCGCUGUGAAGCUGAUGCACAUGACUAUAAUUUGAGUUCAGAGAAGUGUCAACAUGCUAGCCCUAGCCGAAAUGUUCACUAAGUCACCUAAACGUUAUUUCCGAGCUAGCUUUGAUGACGGGGGACGGAAAAUUGUUCAGGUUUUACUCUGUUAUGAAACGACUUACUCAAUAAGCCGCCCUCCAUAUGUACGGUAAACUGCGCGGGUUUUGAGUGUGGUGUUGAUUAUGUGGUCUGUAGUCGAAUCAGAAUCCCGGCCUCAAAUGUGCUUAGCUGAUUGGGUGUUCACUAAAAACCAGUUCAAACCCUCCCUACCAGGUUGGGUGUCGGAGAGGGUACAUUGUUUUGCUGAAAGUAGUCCGGUGAGUUAGUCUCAGAAGAACCAGAAAAUAAGUAAUAUAUUAGCGGCCUUGUAUAAAUGUGUAUGUGCGAUGCAAUUUAGUCGAGCUCAAAAAGAAACUUAAAAUGGAGGUUUUCAUGACAGAAAAAACACCCAAAAA